AUGAAGAUGCACUUCUGUAUCCCGGUGUCCCAGCAGCGGUCAGACUCGCUGGGAGGCCGCUACGUGCUGUACUCCGUGUACCUGGACGGAUUCCUCUUCUGCAAGGUGCGCUACAGCCAGCUACACCGUUGGAACGAACAGCUGAGGCGGGUCUUUGGAAAUUCCCUACCACCUUUUCCACCAAAGUACUAUCUGGCAAUGACCCCAUCUAUGGCUGAGGAGAGGAGGGACCAGCUGGAACGAUAUUUGCAAAAUGUAACUGCAGACCCAAACAUGUUGAGAAGUGAUGUCUUCAUUGAAUUUUUAAAACGGAUACAGCUGAACACGUUUGAUGUUGCUACAGAGAAAGCUGCUCUGGAUGUAUUUCUGCCCAAUGGAAGGAGCAUUAAAGUGGAAAUUCUAACAUCAGAUAUGGCUGAAAGAAUCCUAGAGGUGGUGUCGCACAAGCUUGGACUGCGUCAGGAACUUGUGGGCUACUUUGGCCUCUUUCUCAUUCAGUUUUGCAAGGAGGGCAAGCUUUCUGUUGUGAAGAAGUUGGCAGACUUUGAACUCCCUUACGUUUGUUUUUGCAAUGCUGAGGUGGAAAACUGUAAGGUUGGACUCAGAAAGUGGUACAUGGAUCCAGCCCUUGACUCUGUGCUGAUGGACUGCAGAGCAGCCAUAGAUCUGCUGUACAUGCAGGCAGUACAGGACAUUGAAGAAGAAUGUGCCAAACCCACACAGUCCCAGAGGCAGGAAUUAGAGGCUUUCCAGAAAGAAAACAAUCAAAUAAAGUUUUUGGAGCUGUCCCAGGAGGUGCGACACUACGGAUGCAUGCAACUGGACCCAUGCACCUGUGACUACCCGGAACCAGGCUGCAGGGCUCUUCUUUCUGUGGGUAAUCAUGAGAUCAGCUGCUGCAUAACACUGCCUGACAACCAGACCCAGGAUGUCACCUUCCAGAUGAGCAGGGUGAAGUGCUGGCAGGUCACUUUCCUUGGAACUCUGCUGGAUACGGAUGGACCCCAGCGAAUUCUCAAUCAGAACUUAGAGCUCAGAUUUCAGUACAGCGAGGAGAGUCGCUGGCAGUGGUUUGUUAUUUACACCAAACAGGCUUUUCUGCUGAGUAGCUGCUUGAAAAAGAUGAUCUCAGAGAGGAUGGUAAAACUGGCUGCUGAGAGUCCAGAAAUGCAGAUUGAAGUCCUGGAACAAGGCAAAAGUCAAAAAUACCAUGUUCAACAAAGCCAGAAGGACUAUUCUAGUUUCCUACCAAGAAAAAGAAAGAUUAAGAGAGCAGAAGGUGACUGUGUUUUUGGGACCAUAAAAGAAGAAGAUCUUUGAAGAGAAGUCUCACCUUUUAAAACUUUUUUUUUUUUUAAUGCUCUCAAGACAGCGAAGGAACUUGGGAGUUGAACACGGGCUUCCUACCAUCAGGAAAUUUCUUGACUUCCUUCCACUUUUUCCAACAUUCAGAUAGACCAUUCAUCAAGACUACUGCAGCACUCCGUAUAGAUCUCGAGAUAAAGAGAUACAGGAACUAAAGCUACAGUUUGUUUUUAAUGGUUCAUAAACAACAAAUGGCAGAUUUGAGACAACUAAUAUGAAAUUCAUUCUAUUUUUUUUUUCUAAAAUGGACCUGUACCUGCUUUCAUGAAAUCUGCUGAUGUUCUGACAUUAUAUGCCUGAAAGGCUUGUUCUAAAUUUUGUUCAGGGUCGUGUUCUAAAUAUGUGACUAAUCAGCAGAGGAAAACAUGGCUCUAAGAAAUGGAAUCACUGGAAAACAAAUCCAGACUUCUCUGAUCUAACCACAGAGCUAGUACAGGGGUCGGGUAAAAUGCUGAUUUCUCUCUUACGUAUGGGCCUAACAGUACAGAUGACCUCAAAAUAAUAGGCUGCCUGCUCCUAUGUUUCUUCACUGCUAUAAUUGCAUUCUGUCUUUAGAAUAUUGAAUUCAGUUCAAUAAGCAUCAACCUGUUCUGAAUAUUUUUAUUUUAGAAAGAUAUAAGGCCCUGCACUUGACAUCAAAUACCUUCUAUGUCUCUUAGCUUUAAAAAUAUGUGUGUUUUAUCAUAAGAUGUUUUCUUAUACAGUUUCCUUAUUCAGUUGUCUCUUGAUAAUUAAUGUAAUUAUGUAUAGAAUUAGGACCCCAGUAAAGAAGAGGAACAGAGGAAUCUAUACAAUGUAAUUAGGAAAAAAGUGAGAUAUUCUAAUGUUAUUUUCUAACUCGGUAGUAUAAUGACAUAAUAAAUAUGAAAUAUAUUCUGUUGAAUAUAG